AGUGGCGUAGCGUUUCCGCCAGGAUGGUUGUCGGUGCCUUCCCCAUCGCCAAGCUCCUCUAUCUCGGGGUGAAGCAGAUGGGCAAGCCUUUGGCGAACCGAAUAAAAGCAGGAGCCGUGAGAAGCGAAUUCUUCAAAAACUACAUAUGUCUGCCGCCGGCACAGUUUUACCAUUGGAUUGAGAUGAGAACAAAGAUGCGGAUCAUGGGCUUUCGAGGUUCCACUAUCAAGCCACUGAAUGAGGACGCGGCCGCAGAACUGGGUGCGGAGUUGCUGGGAGAGGCGAUCAUCUUCCUCAUUGGUGGUGGAUGCAUGGUGCUGGAGUACAGCAGGCAGGCUGCCAACUCUCGCCGCAAAGAGGACGAAUUGAAUGAGACCAUCAUGAGCCUACAGACUCAGCUAGCAGAGCUACAACUCACCACAGAGACACUAGAUGCUCGGCUCAGAGAGCACAACAGGCUGAUACUGGCCAUUCCUGCUCCAUCUAAAUGAUUACAUUAGCUCUGGGCUAUGAAGAGUUGCACUGUAUAUUGGCCUGUGUGAAGGAAUAAGAGAACGCCUACAGCACAGCUGUAUGUACAGCUUAAGGACAAUUCUGUGUUACACACUGUCCCCAAAACCCCAAAAGGUGGGUGGAAGAGGUGGACAUGAGCAUAUCAGUGAGCUGUUUGUAAAAGGAGAUUGCUAUGAUAUUCAUAGAGAUUUAAUUUGCAUGUUCACUACAACCAAAAGAUUAAAAAUGUGAGGCAACAAUGAGAAUACAAAGUUAAUAUAUUUGAUAACAGCCCCAGCAUAUUUUUAUUUCACUGAUCUUUGUGGACCUUAAAUAACAAAUACAAAUGUCCAUGCUUCAUUGGCUUGAUUCGAAUCGGAACAGUGAGACAUCAUCAUUUGACCGCAUCUGCCCCUACAUGGAUGUGUCAUGGAUGUGUCAUGUUGUAAUUAUGCUCAAUCCCUUUGGUGGUUCAUGUAAAGUGGAUGUAAUAACAGCUGUACAAAAAAGGUGUAAAGUAAAAUGAUAUGUCUGUUAAUUA